AGAAAUUGAGAAAACAUAUAUCAUAACAACAGAAUUGAUCAAUUUAAAUGGUAAUAACGUAGGUUGAUCAAGUUUUACAAUGUCUCGCCCAAGACCCAGUAAAGCUAUAUAGGCUGAAGGGUGAAUUUUGAAGCAGACAAAGUUUUCAAGAGGGUGAAUGGGUCCGGUCAGCUGCCAUUAUGCCUUGUCAACUAUGUCAUGCAUGCAGCGGUCAAUUGAACCCGUAAGACCUUUUCUUUUUCAGUUAUGUUCGUUACUAUAAAAACCUUCCAUUGCCUCCCUCCAUUUUCAUCAUCAACCUCUGAAUUAAUUCUCAUCCUACAUAUCACAAACACAUUAGAGAAGCCAGAGAAAUUAGAAAGCCGAUACAUUUUCUCAAAAAAGAAAAGGGAAAAUCCAUAUACAUUAAUAUGGCCUCUUUACAAGCUUCAAGUUUUCUUGUCUCUUGUAGUUGUUCAACAAGAAUCAAAGCUGCCAUUUCUGUACCUAAGCUUCCAGGAAUUCGUAUUUCAGUUCCGAGAAAUGCAUUAAAUGUAGUUGAGGAUCUGAAUUUAAGAGAUGGGUUCACAAGUGCAAUCCCAAUAGAGAAGAUUAAUACUGCCACUAACACAAGGAUUGAUCAAGAACCAGCAACUACUAGAGCAACAGUCAAGCUUUAUGCCAUCUUGGAAGCCGUUGCAGAUAGAGUAGAGAUGCACAAAAACAUUGGGGAGCAACGUGACAAUUGGAACAAACUUCUUUUGGGUUCAAUUAACAUGAUCAUUCUUACAGCCGCAACCAUGGCUGGUGUAUCAGCAGGAGCUCCUCUUUUAGCUUUGAAGUUAUCAUCAACGCUUUUAUUUUCUGCAGCUACUGGAAUGUUACUGAUCAUGAACAAAAUCCAACCUUCACAGCUUGCAGAAGAGCAAAGAAAUGCCACAAGAUUGUUCAAGCAACUUUAUAGACAAAUACAAACUACACUUGCUCUUCGUGAUCCUACGGAGUUAGAUGUGAAGGAUGCCAUGGAGAAAACUUUGGCUCUUGAUAAAGCUUACCCUCUUCCUUUGUUAGGAAGCAUGAUUGAAAAGUUCCCUGAAAAGUUUGAGCCUGCUGUGUGGUGGCCUAAAUCAAAUGAGACCCAAGGUAGGAAACAGCCUAAAAAGGUGACUACACAAGGAAAGAAUGGGUGGAGUGAAGAUCUUGAAGAGGAGAUGAGGGAGGUGAUCGAAGUGAUAAAGAAGAAAGACAGUGAAGAUUAUAUGAGGCUUGGCAACUUGGCAUUGAAGGUAAACAAAAUCUUAUCUAUCUCAGGUCCACUACUCACUGGCAUUGCAGCUGCUGGGUCUGCCUUUGUAGGCCAUGGAUCUUGGGCAGCAAUUGUGGCAGUGACAGCAGGAGCAUUAGCUAGCACGGUCAAUACCUUCGAGCAUGGUGGCCAGGUUGGUAUGGUGGUUGAAAUGUAUAGAAACUGCGCUGGAUUCUUUACACUUUUGGAAGAAUCAAUUGAAUCUACAAUUCAAGAAGGGGAUUUGGAGAAAAGGGAAGGAGAAAUGUUUGAAAUGAAUGUAGCAUUGAAACUUGGAAGAAGCUUGUCACAGCUUAGAGAACUUGCUAGAAAAUCUUCUUCUCGUGCUGAUGGAACAGGCAUAGAUGACAACCGGAAUGUUACUUAUCAUGGACAAAAUCCGACCUUCACAGCAGAAGAGCAAAUAAAUGCCACAAGAUUGUUCAAGCAGCUUUAUAGCCAAAUACAAACUACACUUGCUCUUCGUGAUCGUAAGGAGUUAGAUGUGAAGGAUGCCAUGGAGAAAAAUUUGGCUCUUAAUAAGAAAACACAAGGAAAGAGCGAAUGGAGUGAAGAUCUUGAAGAGGUGAUAAAGACAAAAGACAGUGAAGAUUAUAUUAGACAAGGCCACUUGGCAUUGAAGGCAAACAAAAUUUUAGCUAUCUGUGGUCCAUUACUCACUGGCACUGCAGCUUCUGGGUCAGCCUUUGUAGGCCAUGGAUCUUGGGCAGUAAUUGUGGCAGUGACAGAAGGAUUCUAUAUAUACAUUUUGGAAGAAUCAAUUGAAUCUACAAUUCAAGAAAGGGAUUUGCAGAAAAGGGAAGAAGGAGGAAUGUUUGAAAUGAAUGUGGCAUUGAAGCUUCUCGCAGUUUAG